AUGGCAGUUUCAAAUAUUAGAUAUGGGGCAGGAGUCACAAAAGAAGUAGGCAUGGACCUUCAAAAUAUGGGUGCUAAAAAUGUUUGUUUGAUGACAGAUAAGAACCUUUCCCAGCUACCUCCAGUACAAGUAGUCAUGAAUUCCUUAACAAAGAAUGGUAUAAACUUUAAAGUUUACGAUAAUGUCAGAGUGGAACCUACUGAUUCGAGCUUCAUGGAAGCUAUUGAAUUUGCCAAAAGAGGGGCAUUUGAUGCCUAUGUUGCCGUGGGCGGUGGAUCGACCAUAGACACUUGUAAAGCUGCCAACCUGUAUGCAUCCAGCCCCAAGGCGGAUUUCUUAGAUUAUGUCAAUGCCCCCAUUGGAAAAGGACAACCUGUCACUGUGCCCCUUAAGCCACUGAUUGCAGUCCCCACUACAGCUGGAACUGGCAGUGAGACUACAGGAGUUGCCAUUUUUGACUAUGAGCGCUUAAAAGUAAAAACAG